GCCCGUUCGUAUCGACAGCACAACAUAACGAGUACUGCGGUUCUACUCUUGAGGAACCUGCAUCUCAUACUACAAUUGUCCGCUCUUCAUUACGUCCUACUUGCUUCUGGUGAAACUGCGCCAGAUCUGAUCGACCAACGACCUAUCUAUCCUGGAGUGCCAUGCCUGAGGUCGACAUUCUUCGCUCUGAACAUCAAAUUCUUUCCCAAUAACCGUUACCGAGCCGACACAGGCCUCGACCUUUGUCGCCUUGCUUACUGCGACUCAGCCCGCCACUGAGCCCGGCGUCUUCGUUGAAUUUCCUCUUCACCUCAAGGCCGUUCUCUGGAGUCCACAAUACAACGCGUUGCAGUCAGGCACAAUCUCGUGUAGGGCAUUUCAUAUUCAUCAGCGCUCAGCCGAUCACAGUCUCGCGUCAACGGUCGAGCUAACUAGGCCAUAUUCCUUUGCCAGUUUUUCCGCCAGGAUCUCACCCAAGACAUAUGCCGUCGACUGGACAUGGUUGCUUUGUCUUUUGUUAGCGCUCGGAACCCAUGGCGUCGCAUUUCUUAUCACUUACUUCGGCACAAACGGACAGACGCUCAUGUCCGCCACUCGCAGACCUUCUAGUCCGAAAACUUUGAAAUUGGAGUCAACGCAUGCCUCGUCGGGCGUUCGUCCCAUCUUGACAGUGCAAGACAUGUGCCACGAGCUUCCGAAAUGCGUGCGAAUGUGCUCCCAGAUUUCUUCAUCAUCCGCGUUUGGAUCCGGUCCAAGCACUUCGAUAGUGUUCUUUGCAUAUAUAGGCGCCUGAAGAAGCCGAAUUGUCUGCCGAAUACCGUCUAUGAGGACUUUCCGGUCGAAAGGGUGGGUGGCAAACUUUGGAUCUAUGAUAGGAGCUUCGUUGGGAUCGGCAGAUUUCAACGUCAAUGUACCGUGACUUUGUGCAUUGUCAAGAAUGCAUAUGGCUCCGACAAAGGAUACAUCUGGUGAAGGCUCGUAGUCAAGCAUUGAUGGUGGUGUAUGCUGAUGACGCUCGUCAAAAUCAGUCUCUCGCGUUGACAUAACACCGAGAAGCACUUACGGUAGCGAUUUCAAAGUUUGGUAUCGUUGGCUGUGAAAGGUGUCGUUGGAUGUCGCAUGGCAAACUGGCGAACUCCUUUGAACUCAUCGCCGCUGCGCUCUUUAGAAAAGCCAUCGGGCUAGGGCAGAGUGGAGCAACAUCCGUUUCUACAAAGUCUGGCCCAUGCUUUACAACAAUACCAACAGCGGAGUAGCAGUGAUCCCGCAGGUUCUUGCCGACCAUAGGAAGAUCGUGGACGGUUCUAAUGCUAUGCUUUUCAAUUUCUUCCUUGGGGCCGAUACCUGAUAGCAGGAGAAGCUGAGGGCUGUUUAGAGCCCCUCCUGAGAGAAUGAUUUCUUUACGCGCAAAGAACACCCUACCGUCCGCAGCUUCUACAGCGACCGCGCGCUUGUUCUCAACCAUAAUCUUGGAAACUAGUGCAUUGGUCACGACAGUCAAAUUAGGACCACAUCCAGGUAGAUAUGCUGCCGCUGCGUGUAUCCUUUUGCCUUUCCAGCAAUUGACAGUGCCCAUGCCAAGACCAAUAGGAUCACCGUCAUUGAUAUCCGCGUUCACUCUCAUGCCAAUUUGUUCCGCUGCGACGAAGAUGUUUCCUAUAUCAGGAAUCCAUGGCCCACCGUAGGAGAUAUCGAUUUUCCCUGAAGUGCUAUGAUCCGGACUUGCUUUCAAAUACUUUCUAAGCUCUGGAACGGGAAUUUCGGGAUGUAAGUGCUGGAUUCGAUCCAAACACUUCUUUACGUUCAACCAGCGAAAAUCGUCAUCUCCUGUUAGUCUUGCCCAUUCCUCGUAAUCGUCUUUCGGCCCUACUAGCCAGCCACAGAAGUUGAUACUAGUUGUUCCGCCUAAACCCCGACCACGCGAAUAGUCAACCUCUUGUCCGUUCAACUGAUGUUGUGGAACCGUUUUGUAACCCCAAUUAGGAAAUGAAUUUGGGUCGAAUGCGACGUUGAAACGCUCUGAAGCUUCAAGAAUCCAUGUUCAAAAUGCGAGCGAACGAUUUCAUGCCUCUCCAAUAAUUUCUCUAGUGUGCAGCAUAUAUGACUUGAUUCGGCCGCCACGAUUCCAUCUAAUUUUUUCGAUCGUUCCAGACCAACGAGACCUGAUGAACUCUGAAUUAAAAAGAGACCAUUCUCGAACACAAUGUCUAUCAUCGGAAGCAUACUGACCAAUAUCCCAGUCUAGGCUUGCAUGGUAGCUGAACUAGUUGCGAGAACGUUAAUCAAGCUUAACCAUUAUUUCUUAGACUGGGAUAUCGGGCUUUUCUCAACCUACAGGUAUUUCUCUGCUGCACGUUAAUAAUAAUGGCUGGGAUGCGCUUAGUUUGUUGACGACUAUCUCCGCCAAGCUGCGCCCGAUCGGCUGUUAUAUCCGACGGAUGUUUGUUGUAACCCUUGUCCAAGAACGGCGAAAGGCUGGCUAGGGCCUGACUAGCCAUCCUCAUGCAUGAAUGGAAGCUGUCCUGGUUUUGAGAGAUCUUAUCUUCGCUGGCUGUGGCCUUGGGCCAGAACUUACUGACGCAAGCGACUUGGCUUACUCCAGUUGUUCCUAAUGACAAGCAUCUCGACAAAUGCCAUCAACUCCAAUUCCAGGCUGCCGAGAUAAGAGGUGCUUAUAAUCCCUGGAAGUCUCAGGUCGACAACCUGGAAUUUUGGUGGUAAACCUCAGUCUUCGCUGUCUAAAUUUCUUGCAAGAUGUCGUUUCGACAAAAGCUCCAUAAAAUAUCCAAAGCCCUUGAGGUGAAACCUACGGACGAUGAAUAUGAGAAAAUCGAGACUACUCGAUGGGGGAACAGAGACACAUACCCGAUUCCUCAUGACAAACGAACUUAUGGCGUAUAUGCCUACAUGGCUUACUGGGGUACGUGUGGCAUUUGUCUUAGCUCUUUCACGAUGGGCUCCUCAUUCAUUGGUAUUGGCUUGACGGCGUGGCAAGCUAUGCUCGCCACCUGUAUUGGCAUGUUUCUUGCUUGCGGCAGCGCCUACCUUAGCGGAGUCCCAGGUGCUAAAUUCGCGCUCGGAUACGGCGCGUAUGCCCGCGCAGCCUGGGGGCUUUGGGGCUCUUAUUUCUGCAUCAUACUUAACAUUUUUCAAUGCUUUGUAUUCUAUGGCAUCCAAAUGUACUUUGGAGGCCAAGCCUUCGUUAUCAUACUAAACGCGAUAUUUCCAACAUUUCUGAGGAUGAAGAAUACUAUUCCGUUGAGCUCAGCCAUUACCACCAAAGAGCUUAUUGGAUUCGUUCUUUUCAUUAUCCUGUACUUGCCAAUCAUCUACUUUAUUCCUGCCCAUAGAAUUGUUAAGUUUCUCGAGGCGAAUGUUGUGAUUUCUGCAGCUACCCUGUGUGGUAUUCUAGGAUGGGCGGUAGCUAUGAACGGUGGAAGCCCGGGAAAUCUAGUUAAACCUGCAUUCACGCUCUCAAAAACCGAACAAGGUUUUCGUAUCGUACAAGCCAUUACUUCUGUCGCAGGAACCUAUACGGGGGGAUCUGAGCGUCUCGCUGAUUGGAGCCGAUAUAGCAAACGUCGACAUAGCUCUACUCCGGCGAUUCCAAUUCUCGCUAUCACAGUAAUUCUAACGACCCUUAUGGGAGUCAUCACUGCUUCUGCAUUAACGUCGUACUACGAUAAUGCUGAAGUGCAGUGGAAUCCUCUGAUUUCUUUGCAGCAAGUGCAGGCAGAUACAUAUACGGCGAAGUGCCGCGCGGCUACUUUCUUCGCCGGUGUUGGGCUGUUAUCUGUCACAGUCUUUGUGAACUACACUAUGAAUUGUGUCUGUUCUGGCAUGGACAUGGCAAUUUUGUUGCCCAAAUAUCUGUCACAGCGCCGUGGUUCUAUCUUGUUCUCAGUCGUUGGCAUCCUCGCUCAGCCUUGGCGAUUUGUAAGCCAGGCAACAACUCUGGUUACUGUACUUAGCUCUUUUGGAGUCUUCUUGAGCCCCGCAGCUUCUAUUCUUGUCGUCGACUUCUGGCUUGUACGUAAGCAGAAGUGGAACAUUCCUGAGCUCUUUCAACCACACGGUAUAUAUUGGUUCUGGAAUGGCAUCAAUUGGAGAGCUUUUUUGGCAUACUUCCUCGGAAUGUUUCCUGCUCUCCCUGGCUUUAUCAACGCUACUGGCGGAAACCCGGUCAGCGAGACAUGGAUUCGGUUCUUCCAAAUCUCAUACUUCUUCGGAUACCUAGUUUCUGGUGGUCUGUACUAUUUGAUAAACAUGGUCUUUCCACCUCCGGGGCUAGGUGUGCAGGUUGACUUCGAUAUCGAUGGUCACAUCGUGGAGAUAGUUGAUUCGGCGAGCGAUAAAACACAGGAAUAUGGCAAAACAGCUGAGUUUACCGAGGCAAAGGUGUAGGUUUACUGUCGAAAGAGUAUCCACAAUUUUUUUCCCCCUUUUUUUUUCUUUUUUUUUUUCUUACGUUGGACAGGGGCAUUUGUUGGGACUGAAAUAUUGAGAUUAUGGAGAUUUUGAUGCACGUCAAUCUGUCUCGAAUAAUCGAUUAAUGAUGUAGAUCUCACAUUCUUUAGAAAGCACACGGGAUCAUAUAGAGUCUCAAAGCCUGGUAUGAUGCCAAACAUUUGCUGAGUUAUUGCAUCCUCCGAAUCUUUAUGAGCAUCGACUGAGAUCUCAUUUCCUUCCAGGAUGAUGAAUAUUUG